UAAAAGAAAAACGGAAAAAGGUGGAAAAAUUUUGUUUGUGUCAAAUUAGAGUUUCAGACAUCCGAGAAUGGCAGUCAGCCAACAGGAUCUGCGCCGCUUGGCCAGCACGCCGAGCUGUUAUCCUCGAGUUGCCAAAAGCCGGUCGAGCAAUACGUAUAUCAGCUAUACGGACAUGGAUCUGGGCAGCAAAUUCCACGCCGGAGGAUCUUCCAAGGGGGAGCCCUGCUGCGAUCACUGGCAGUUCUGCGAGAAGGUGCCCAAUCGCUCGGAGGUGGAGGCCGACUCCUUGGGCAGUCCCGUGGGCCUGGUCUGCUCGAAUGCCACCCUGAACAAUCCCUGCGGCAGUUCUCCGAUGCAGCAGGAGGCGAAUGUCCUCAAUUUCGCCACCUACCUGAAGGCGUUUGCCUUGAUCUAUGUCCUGCCGGAAGUCGAUUGGACGGCAGAGAAGAUCGACAUGCUGCUGGAGGAGGGCACCGAUUUGUUCCGGGCCAGCUCCGAAGUGGAUCGAGGUGAGGACGACCGGGAUGAGAACAAGCUGCUCGAGCCGGAGAUCUACACCAACGAGGAGAAGCGGAUCAGGAGGAAUUUUAAUCUUGAAGGGCACACGUUUACUUUGGCACUGGAACCCCGAUAUCUGGGGGCGGGAUCGAAGCCCCUGGAGCAGCAGCCCUCGCAUACCAUUAACAAUUUAGGGCCCGUUCUGUUGAAUUUCUUCAAGUCCAGCCGCUACUGUCUGCUCCUGACCCGAGUUGGCCACCUGCUCGUCUGGCGGCGCAGAAAAGUGUUCUUUGUCCUGGACGUGAAGGGCAGGAGGAAGGAGGACCUGGAGACCGUCCAGGCCAACGGAGUGGCCAUGCUGGUGUGCCUGAAAACCAUUGACAAUGUUGUCCAUCUGGCCAGCAACUUGAGUGGCAUUUCGCCCCAAGACGAGUUCACCAUUCGCGAACUGGUGGUCGUGCGCUUGGAGACCCCCGACGGACGCAUCUAUAUGCGCGACACUAGCCACCGAUCCAUCGAAUUCAAGGUGGUGAACAAGAGCUAUGCCUAUCUGAAGGCUACUCUGCACCUCUCUCUGAACGAAAAUGAUCCGGUGCGGAACCGCAGCAGCCUAAUGGUGGCCGUGGGCUCGAUCCUGGCCAGCAAAAUCGACCACCCGGCCAACUGGGACACCAAUAUGCUGGACCGUUUAAUCUGCUACGGAGUGGAGCUGUGUCGGAACUGCUGGUCGGAUUGCUUGAGGGACCGACGACCCAUUGACCUGGACACCUUUCCCACCCAACUGAGGAUGGGGCAGUAUGUGCUCGAGUUGAAGCUGAUUCCGAAUGUGAGAACUGGCCACUGGAAGUGUGGCGUACGCAUCAUUGGCACGGACUUCGAAGCGCACGUCUCGGAGGCUCUCGGGGAGUUCGGGAACGUGGUGUUCCAGAUCGGCAAUCAGAUGUACGCCAUCUGGGUGAAGGAUGGGUUCUACUACCUCCUGGAUCCCUAUCGCCACACGAUCGUGGGCACCCAUGUGGCGGAGGACCAGGCAAAGGGCGCCAAGUGGGCCACAGUGCGCAUGUUCCGGGACCAGUUGACCAUGCUCAGCGUGUUCCACCAGCUGCUGAAGGAGUCCAACCGGCAGACGGCCUACUAUCUGCACGUAGUGCGCAUCCGGAAUCUCGCCGAGUGUCCUGACGGAUACUUUUUGGCUCCGUUGCCCGAGGGUGUGGACAACCAGGACGUGAAGUCCCUGAACGAACCCAUCCUGUUCAAUGAGCAACAAGGGGUAAGUAUCUGUGAUAAAUCGCUGGGCGAGAUCAGCGACUUUGAGGACGAUGUGGUUAGUCGCACAGGGGAUAAAUUCGACAUUGAGAAAUUCCGGUUCCUGGAUGAGCGUCAGAAUGCAGGGGCAGAGGGUGAGAUGUGCGAGGAGGAGGUUGAGCUCCACGCCGAAUCGCAAAUGGGAAUAAAAAAUAGGAAUCGGGAAUGUCGUAUUAAGCCCUGCAAAAAUACUAGUCGCAGAGCCUCUGCACGAACCAAGAUGUCCCUCCUCAAGAAGGAGCAGGAGAAUCAGAGGAAGUUGGAACAGAAAACUUCUAGGAAAAUCCAGGACGCCAAAAAUGAGGCAGUGAAAGGAAAAUUUCCAAGUUUCAAUAGGCCAACUGGCGGAAGAUCUUCCAGCCAGUCAUCCGCAAAGUCCCCUUUACUCUCCACAUCUAAGGAAGUGCCAUUACGUGGCAGGAUUAUGAAACAAAAUGUGAAAUCCUCCAGGCAAACUGCCGGCAUGGGUCCAAGCUAUCCUUCCCCAAAGUUUCCUGAACAUGCCAAGACAAGAGGAGGGUCAUCUCCAGGCGGGAUUAUGAGAAAAAAUUUGAAAUCCUCUAGGCAAACUGGACCUAGGUCUUCCAUUCCUUCUCCCCAUAAGAUACCUGAAAUUUCCACAUCUCCUGGCAAGAUUAUAAAAUUCCCCAGGGAAAUUGGUGUCAACUAUUCUCCGUCCAAGUGCCCUUUACCUUUGAGAUCUGGAGAUGGGUCAUCACCUGUCAGGAUGAUGAACAAAAUGCCCAGGCAAACUGGUGGCAUGUCUUUUGGGGAUUCGCCCGCAAAGUCUCACGAACGUUCCCGAUCUAAAGAUGCGUCUAAUUCUGGCAGGACUUUGAGAAAAGUAACAAGAACUUCUAGGAAAACUGGCGGAAUGUCAUCCAGUCCUUCUCCCGCCAUGGGUCCCGUGCGCUCAAGAUCUAGAGAAGGGUCUUCUCCUGUAAGGAUUAUGAAAAAAAACCUAAAAUCCCCAAGAGAAAUCGCCGGAAGGUCUUCCAACCAUUCUCCCUUGCCUGCUCGGACCAAGUCCCCUGUUCGCUCCAAGUCUACCCACGGUUCUCCUCAUGGCAAGAUGGCUUUUAGGCGCUCUUCAAAAGGAAACACUUCGAAGGGAAUGGCCUGCAAAGUAGCUAAUGCCAAGGGAACAAUUAUUUCACAUACCGCAGCCAAGCUAUUAAUCCCCCACGAUGCGAUCAGCAAAAGUUCCAAUCAAAAGCCUGUGGUCACUAAGGUAACAAACACGAAGGGGAACACAAAUGGCUGGACACCCAAUAAAGGCACAUUGCCGCAGAGAGAACCACCUAGAGGAGGGUCCACCCUUAAGGAAUCAGCCAAGAUAAUCUUAGCUCAGACUGGAGUUCUCCAGCAAUCCGUGGACAAAUCGAAUGGUCUUGGCGUGGCUCCGGUACAACACGCCCACUUAAACACACCCGCUGUCUCGGAUUUUGUACGCCAAUUAGACCAAGUAGAGUCAACUCCUCUCCCGACGGGCCCUCUGAAUAUUGGGGAAUCCAACGAACUUCCCGAGGAGAAUCCAACGGAGGGAAACGAAUCGCUGUUCAGAUUUCCCGGCUUUAAUCGCGUGCCCCAGCUCCUGGCCGUCGCUGGAUCCGAGAGUGGAACCGUGGAGAGCCUGAACCGGGUGCUGGGCUCCGCCUUCAAGGUGGCCAAUCGGGUGCUUACGAUGACGCCGUGGGGCAACUACGUGGUCUUCAGACAUCACCCCACCCACAGAUCGGACUCGGCAGCCACGUGGUUCUACUUGUUCGACGGUUGUACCUGUGAUAUCGAUCGCUUUCGGCACUUAGAUCUCUCUACCGGCACUGCUGGCCUAAUCGCAUUCCGCAAGCAAUCGGAGGUAGUGUGCCACAUUAUCGACUCGCGGGAGGAGAAGGCGCUAAAUAUGCUGCGCACUCAGAUGGAGGAUCCUCCCUCUAAAAGGAUGCAAAAGCUGUUGGUUCGUUGACAAUCGGAAAGAAAGUUUUCAAAAUGUACUUUGCCAUAAAAAUAAAAUUUUAAGUAGCUAGGCUUCUCAGAGCUAAACGCCAA